UCCUUCGGGGGAAGGAAACACAGUGCGUGCAGAAGUAAAUUAAAGAUGGCUGCGCUCAGUGGUCGUGGUGACUGCACAGAUAAUUCAGGCGGAAAAUUAAAAUCUCCUCAACUAACUCCACAGAAAGUUCGCCAUUUACUAAACGAAGGGGUUGCAACGGAGGACAGUGGUCGGGAUAUUGAAGAACCAGCUGCAAGCCUAGAAACUCCAAACCGCCUUCCGCAAGCUCCCUGUGAAACGGCAAGCAAAGAGGCGUUUUUCAGUAGAGUGGAAACCUACACAUCUUUAAAAUGGGCUGGAAAGCCACAUGAACUUUCUCCAUUGAAGUGCUCUCAGUAUGGCUGGACCAAUGUAGAAUGUGACGUGCUAAAAUGUUCAUCCUGCCAAGCUUUCCUCUGUGCAUUGCUACAACCAACGCAAGACAUCAACAAGUAUAAAGAAAGACUAUUAGGGCUGCAGAAAGCUUUGCAAACAUCCCAUGAGAAAUUCUGCUUCUGGCCCGACUGUCCAUGCCCAGAUCGUUUCUGGACUGUACCCAUCAAUGAGCAAUCGGUUCUUUUCAGUGGCUUUCUAGAGCGAUAUAAAAGCUGUUGCCUGCUAGAACUGCAGUUACCAUCAAUGAAGCCUGAUGACCUCAUAAACAUGUCUCUAACUGAAGACAUCAUCAGUCUCCUUUUACAGCUGAUUGAAGAUGAGCUGAAGCAGGAAGGGGGAUCACCUGUUAAAUAUAACACAGAGCCCCUUUCAGUACAAGUUGCUGCCUGCAUUGUUGCACUUUGUGGCUGGACUUGUAGUCCGUCUUUAGACUCCAUGAGCCUUCCAAUUAUCACCUGCUCCUACUGCAUGCGGAAGGUGGGUCUGUGGGGUUUCCAGCAGAUUGAGAGUGUCUGUUCAGAAGGGGACAGCUCUUUUGGAGUCGCAAGUACUCCAUUGUCUUGCCAUGAUGGCCGGGGAGAAAAAUUGACCCUAACACCUGCGUCCCCGUGUAGGAUGGUUCUCCGAAGCCAGGACAGCACAUCAUCUCACACCAGCGAACCGAGUGAUUUAGUUCCCUCUCCUAUUGUCGCCCGCACACGGAGCCAGGAGUUCCACAGCCCCAGCCCUGUUGAUGAGACCACCGGCCCUGUGUUGAGGGGCAAGCGGCCCGUCACCCGCAGUAUGGGCCAGGGGGAAGUGGUUGCCGUUGGUAGCGAAGUGCCAUCUAGUCCUCAGAGGAAAGCGAAACGUUUGAGGCUGUGCUCCUCCAGUAGCUCUGACAUAAUGAUCAACAGGAGCUUCUUUGACCCCAUCUUCCAGCACAGAGACUGGUGCCCCUGGGUUCGAAUGGCUGAGGAGGAGAGAGUUCGAGAACAGGCAGCCGCAUCCAGGGACCACCCCUCUCAGUGUGGCAUCACAGAGAAGCUGCAGCCUACAUGGAAAGCAGUACUGGAAGUGUUUGUGUCAAUGAAGAAAUCUAAUAAUCCAGAGGGGGGCAACUCAUCAGAGAGUCUCCAUGAAAAAUCCAAGAGAGUUUUUAAGAUAUUCCGAAGGUGGCAAGUGUCCUGCUCAUCCUAAUGGAAUUUCCUUGGGAUGCAUCCGCAUUACGUUGGUUGUGUGCUUUCAGCCACUGUGGAGAUCUUAUCUUUUUAGCUACUGAAUGAGUUAAGACCAACUUUUGAUGGGAACCCAAUUUCAUGUAUGUGUAUACCAUAAAUAAAUGUCAGAUUUUGACAACAUAAUAAAAAGUGCUGUGUGAUAUGCACUACAGUA